AUGGGGUAUGGAAGUUUUGCAAAUUGCACAGAGCUAAAAGAAAUAAAUCUUCCUGAUAUUUUCUCAAUAAGUGAUUAUGCAUUUUAUAAAUGCCGAAAACUAGAGAAAAUAUCAGUUCCAAAUGUUCAAGUCAUUGGUGAAUAUGCAUUUUGGCAUUGUGAUAAGUUGACAAAUAUUGAAUUUCCGAGAGAACUAUAUCAUAUUGAUCAAUAUUGUUUCGCGUAUUGUAAAUCACUUAAGUCAAUCAAUGUUGGAAAGCAAUUGACAAAAAUUCCUGGUUUUGCAUUCAUAUCGAGUAAGUUAGAAACAUUCGAAAUAACAAAUAAAAUAAUGUUCGUCAAUGGAUCUUCGUUCGCAUUCUGCAGGAAUCUAAAACUGAUAGUUCCUGAUGAUCAUCCAAUAUUCGGUGUAACAUCACAUGAACUAUAUAUCAAGAGUUCUAUGACAGUUGUUUGUGUUUUUGGUCUUCAAGAAGAAAUAUAUGAAGUUAGUGAUGGUAUGAAGAGUUUUGAUGAACUUAGUCUCCAACUUUCUGAAUAUGACUAUAUUACUAAAGAAAGGGAUUUUUUUGAUGCAACUGAAACUGAUGAAGUUAUAAUGGUGCUAAAUUCUGAAAGAAUUCCAAUUGUUAAAUUACCUCAAUCUGUGAUUUCUCUUGAUGAUUCUUCUUAUAGAUAUUAUUUUUAUCUUCCAUAUUCAAUUAAUAAAACAGGUUAUAAAAUGAUUAAUCCAGGUUCUAUUUAUGGUUACAGUGAAUUUCGUUCACCUAGAUCAAAAUAUCCAUUAUACAAAGUUUUUACAACAAAUAUAACUCCAGCAUCAUUCGAACUUAAUGUUCAGACAGCAGUUAAAAAUAAUGACAGAUUGAUUUUCAAGAGAGAUAGAAUCAAUCGAUAUAGUAUUAUUGAUAGAAAAAACUAUAUUGAAUGCGAAUUUGUAGAAAUCGAUGAAAAUGGAAAGGAAACUCUAAUUAAUAGUACAAAGAUAUUGACCGAAUAA